GUGCGGGUGGUCACUUAGUCCCACGCUCGGCUGGUCAACAGAUUUAGCACACGAAGGAAAGGAGAUGCAGUUGUUUUUUAUUCUCCAGUCACUCCUGCAGCAUCACGCAAACAAAGAAAAACGGAGUGAGUGGUGAGAGUGAGCGCAGAAGCCUUCCGACACGGCACCACAUCACUCCACUACCUCCUCUCUUCCGCCUUGCACGAGAAGACGAAGAGGUGGAGAAGGAGAGGGAGAAACCUAACGAAAUAAGGAGAGAGAGAGAGAGAUAGAGAGAGAGAGAGGCAUAGUGACAGUGAACAGAGGAAGGCUAAGAAAAGAAAAAGAAAGCAAAGUGUGAUUUUGUAGUGCUAUUUCUUUUAGGCAUCGUGAGUGGUACAGAUAACAUCAUUACAAUGGAAAGAUAAGUAAGACACGGAUAACAAAGGUACAGUGAAAGAAGUGAAAGAGAAACGGUACAGGUGAAUGAACUGACUGAAGCGAAGGAAGAGAAAAAAUUAGAAAGGAGGAGAGGCAAACGAAAGAAGGAAGAAGUCAAAGGCACGUUAAAGAGAAAGCAGUAAGAUGAAGGUUGCGUGGGCGGUGGUGUGGGCAGCAGCGUGGGUGGCAUGGGCGGCAGCAGCACCCACGAAAAACAGUGCCUCUCCUAGCAGCUUCCUAAACAGCCACAGACCAGUCAGGCGCGUUCAGAGAGACACAGACGAUGGAUCCGAGGAGUCGGAGUCCCCCAGCAAGAUAGCACAAGCGGAGGUCAUACCUAUCGGCUCGCUAUCACCAUCACUGCAGCACAAGCGACACACCGUUGACAGCAACUUUGCGACAGGAAGCCUCGCCCCUGCAUCUGGAGUGGGGUUAGGUUUUCCCUCCACCCAGUCCUUCAGUAAUCCUGCCUCUGUGGUCCCGACUGGGGUACCAUUGGACCUUAACCCUAGAGAUCCUGCGUACCGUGUAGCCCUGGCCUCGCCCAACCCUUCCCUCUCAGCGCCAGACUUCUUCGUGCAGGAACUUGAGGCUCUAGAGGACUUAAUACAGGCUGGCUCGUUAACCAGUGGGGCCUCUGUGUCUAUUGAUGGACCCAGAAACUACCAGGGCAGCGGGGGCGGCGUUGGGGGACAGGUCGCGUCCAGUCCCGUGGGUGUCCCUCUACAAGUGACAGAGAUCGGGGGUCUACAGGGGGACUUCGCGGACUCACAAAUAGUCGCAGGGGACAUUCUUAACCUUAAUGCAGGAGACUUCCAGGGAUUGCAGGGAACGUCCUUGGGGGCUGGGGGUGCACUGCAGGAUGAUUUAGCAACCUUCGUUGGCACUGACCUGCUGGGGAGCACUGGAGAGCUACAGGGUGUGGCGGAAGGCUUUGGGGGCUCAUUUUUAGGCUCUGACGGCCUUGAGGGGCUGCAACUUGGCUCUACAGGAUUUGGAGGGCUACAGGGUGACUCCUACGGGAUUGCCUUGCCCCUUGGAAGCACGGGUGGGUUACAGGGUGGGUCAGCAGGCUUUGAGGGUGUUUCUUUACCGCUUGAUAACACUGGAGGGUUACAGGGUGGGUCAGCAGGCUUUGAGGGUGUUUCUUUACCACUUGGUAACACUGGAGGGUUACAGGAUGGGUCAGGAGGCUUUGAGGGUGUUUCUUUACCACUUGGUAACACUGGAGGAUUACAGGGUGGGUCAGCAGGCUUUGAGGGUGUUCCUUUACCACUUGGUAACACUGGAGAGUUGCAGGGUGGAUCAGCAGGCUUUGAGGGUGUUUCUUUACCACUUGGUAACACUGGAGGGUUACAGGGUGGGUCAGGAGGCUUUGAGGGUGUCCCUUUACCACUUGGUAACACUGGAGAGUUACAGGGUGGGUCAGGAGGCUUUGAGGGUGUUCCUUUACCACUUGGUAACACUGGAGAGUUGCAGGGUGGAUCAGUAGGCUUUGAGGGUGUUUCUUUACCACUUGGUAACACUGGAGGGUUACAGGAUGGGUCAGGAGGCUUGGAUGGGCUACAGACUGGUUCUUACGGGGUUUCUUUGCCUCUUGGCGACACUGAAGGAUACGUGGGUGGAUCUGGGGGCUUGGACACACUGCAGGGUGGCUCUUACGGGGUGUCACUGCCUCUUGGAAAUUCAGGAGAUCUACAGCUCGGAGGUGUAAGUCUAAGCGACUUGCAGACUCACUCAGGUGUAGACACAGCAAACUAUGCUCCUGGAGAGUUUAACGGAGUGGCUCUUCAAUCUGCAGGAUCAAGUGGGCCAAGCGUGGUCGUCACAAGCACAACGGAGCCCAAUCUCAGCACCGGAGUUUUACUUGGAGCCUCAGGAGUCUCAGACGUGCAUCUAGCUGAUUUCGAUAACGUCGGGGUGCCCCUCGCUGAGGCUGUGGAAAUUAAUCACUUAUCGGAGGAUCCCACUGAGGUGCCGGAGAACUUCACCGCCUCUUCCUUUGACCCCGCCUCCCUGGACAGUCUGGGCCAGCUGCUGACCGACAACGUGGAUGAGAUCGAGGAUCCCAGCCAGUCCCUUGGAAGCUUCCUUAUGAACAUCAACGGCAGGAACGGCAUGAUAGUUCUUCCCACCUCCGAACUGGAAGCUCUGCAGAAUGGCGAGCUGAGCGUGACGGGUGCCGCUAAUGCCUCUCUCCACACUAACUUUUCACUCAGCGAGGAGCUGAACGACGACGGUUUGCUCGACAUCGAUUUCGAUCUCCUCACUGGAGGCGCCAACGACUUAGAAGUGGCCCCGAGUCUGGCCACUAUCCUGGCCACGACCCUCAGUGGGAACACCAGCACCAUCGACUUACUCGCUUCUGCCUCCGCACCCACCGCCAGCACCCACACGACCACCCCCACCACCACCACCACCACUACUACCGAAGGUCCACCACGCUUGGGAGAAAUUCUCCCCACUCUGCUUUCCGCCAAGGGAGAGUUCUUCGGCACGCUGCUGGGAGGCUUGACGGACAUCGCGGAAACUAUAUACAGAGCCAUCACAGAGACUGACUGGACGGCGUCUCCCGCGACACACUCCUACUCGUAACGCUGAUGGGGCGCGGCCCGCCACUGGAUGGGAGUUCGAAGCCCGGCGGUGCAAGCCUAACACAGCAGCCAUCAUGCAUGUGCUCAUCCUGGUGUGGUAAUGACACACACACACACACACACAUACACACACACACACACACACACACACAUUUGGUACACAGGGAGGAUGGAGAUUAUUGAUAUUAUAAAAUCACGCAUCACUAGAUUAUUUGUAACUAUAUUAAAGUGUCUGCGAUCUGCAUGUAGCGGAGAGUGUUGAGGAAUCGACAAAUUUUCAGUUUAGAAUGCCAGCAUAUGUAUAAGAAUCUAAGUGCCGUAUUAAAACUCGAUGCUUAUAUGGAUAUCUACUACAACAGUGUGAAAUAUAGAAAUAACUGGAACAAAGCUCGCAACAAUUAAAAGUGCUACCAAACUUCUAAGAAAUAACUAUAAUUGGAAGAAAGCUUAAAAUUAUUAAAAAUGCUACCAAAUGUCUAAGAAAACACGUAUAUCACACCUCCAGUAAAACAAAAUAUAACUGUCCUGAACAAAAACUACAAAUAACGCAGAUUUUCAUAAAAAUUCCGUUUUCUAAAUUGUGUCUUGCUAGUUGCUGAAACUAAUAUUCAUCCUUCUCUGAGCGUACCGAGGAAAACCCUGAAGAUUUUAGCACAAAGAAAUACCAUUGAUCAUCUUGUCUCCUCACACGCUUUAUAGUCACUUUAAAUCUUCAGCAGGAAAGCAAAGAACGCGUUAGACUCAAGAUUAGAAAUAUCGUAGGGAUGACAGUGCUAUUUUCCUGUGAUUUCUUCGUCCCACAUCCGACUUGAGAGAAAACUGACAAGUGCAUUAUCAUUUUGGGAACACAACAACAUUUAAUACACAGACGAGAAUGACUAAGUUAUGGAAUGGAUAGAUAGAAAUUAAUAAAAGAAUGUAUGAGAAAGAUGUAAAAUGAUGUAAAUAACGAAAAUAAAAAAAAAAGCGAAAGUAAAUUAAAAAAAAGCAUAAAAGUCAAGAAGGGAGAUAAUGAUGAUGGUGGUGAUGAAAACCUAUACGUAAGAAUGAAAACACCACGGUUCUGAUAAAAAAAAAAACAAUAAUGAAACGAUAUAAAUGGGACGGAAAAACAAAAAUGUGCGAGAGAAAGAGAAGAUAUUGAUGAUAAUGGUGAUAGAAAACUAGAAAAAAAAGAAAAAAAAAAGGAAAAGAAAACAAAAACAAACAUUAACAUAAAGCAUAAGACAGUAUAUAUACAUUACAAUCCCAAUGAGAUUAAAAGAAGAAGGCUGCAGGUUGGCUUUCAAUAAUAGUUAAGUGUCCUUUGUGUUCUCAAUUAUCUCCAGCUCUUAAUUACACUGACCUUUACUAAUUGAUUCCCUUAAUGUGUACAUAGUUUUAUAUUAUAUUAUACACCUUGUAACCUCUCGUAGCGUAUACAUUUGUGUUUACGUUUCCAUUUUCCAUCUGUCUAUUUUUUCCUGUUGCUUCUUUAUCUUUUUACUUGUGUUUGAUCAAUUGUAAAAUAAAUGAUAGAAAGUG